UGGAGGUCGAGGACGGCGGGCUUCUCUCUCGGCCUCCCCGAGAGGAGGGAGACUUCGGCUUCUGCGCGUCUGCAGAGGAAAGCUCCCAGAUGUCCUUUGAGGAGGUAGCUGUGUUCUUCACAGAGGAAGAAUGGGCUCUCCUGGAUCCAUGGCAAAGAAAACUCUACUGGGAAGUGAUGCAGGAAAACUAUGAGACGGUGGUGUCUCUGGCUGCAGAUGUGCGGGAGAUGGCAAGCACAAAAGAACAAGGAAGGGCAAUUAUGGGGAAGAAUGAAGAUCUGGAGGAAGAAGGAAAACCAGAGGGCCAGGUGGUACCAAAGAAGCAGCAGAGAAGCAAAAGUGAAGCAAAACAGAAGCAGAGGAAAAAAUUGCUUGCCCAUCAGAGCAGGAAGAUACCCGAGGACCAAGCCCAGGGUGAAAUGCAGAAGAGAAAGAGAAGGCAUAAGGGUUCCAUGAACGACAAAGCCAUGAGACGCAAACUCAGAGUUAAAAUAUAUCAGAACAUUUCUACGUGCUUUAAAAGAUAUAAAGUCACAGAAAGUGGAAAUACCUUUUUUCAGAAUUGCAAGCUUGCUAAAAAACAGAGUAUGCACACAGAGAAGCUUUAUAAAUGCUUAGAGUGUGGGAAGAGCUUCUCUCUGAAUAGCCACCUAACUAGACAUCAGAAAGUUCAUAUAGGAGAGAAGCCAUAUAAAUGCUUGGAGUGUGGGAAGGGUUUCUCUUGGAAUAGCUACCUAACUAGACAUCAAAAGGUUCACAUGCUGGAGAAACCACAUAAAUGCUUAGAGUGUGGGAAGAGCUUCUCUCAGAAUGACACCCUAACUAGACAUCAAAUGGUUCACACGGGGGAGAAGCCAUAUAAAUGUUUGGAAUGUGGGAAGGGUUUCUCUUGGAAUUUCGCCUUAACUAGCCAUCAAAAAGUUCACACAGGGGAGAAGCCAUAUAAAUGCUUGGAGUGUGGGAAGAGCUUUUCUCGGAAAGACCACCUAACUAGCCAUCAAAAAGUUCACACAGGAGAGAAGCCAUAUAAAUGCUUGGAGUGUGGGAAGGGCUUCUCACAGAAUUAUGCCCUAACUAACCAUCAAAAGAUUCACACAGGGGAGAAGCCAUAUAAAUGCUUUGAAUGUGGGAAAAGGUUCUCUCGGAAUGACAACCUCACAUGCCAUCAAAAGGUUCACACGGUGGAGAAGCCAUAUAAAUGCUUGGAGUGUGGGAAGAGCUUCUCUCUGAAUAGCUACCUAACUAAACAUCAAAAGGUUCACACUGGGAAGCAGCCAUAUAAAUGUUUGGAGCAAGAGAAGAGCUUCUCUUGGAAUGGCCACCUAACUAGCAAUCAAAACAUUCAUAUGGAGGAGAAGCCAUAUAAAUGUUUGGAGUGUGGGAAGAGCUUCUCUCAGAAAGGUACCCUAAAUAUCCAUCAAAAGUUUCACACAGGUGCGAACCCAUAUAAAUGCCAGCAGUGUGGGAAGAGCUUUUCUCUGAAUACUGACCUAACUAGACAUCAAAGGGUUCACACUGGGGAGAAGCCAUAUAAAUGCUUGGAGUGUGGGAAGGGCUUUUCUCGGAGUGACCACCUAACUAUCCAUCAAAAGGUUCACACAGGGGAGAAGCCAUAUAAAUGUUUGGAGUGUGGCAAGAGCUUCUCACAGAGUGGUGAACUCACUAACCACCACAGGAUUCACACAGGGGAGAAGCCAUAUAAAUGUUUAGAGUGUGGAAAGAGCUUCUCUCUGAAUAGACUCCUAACUAGUCAUCAAAAAGUACACACGGGGGAGAAGCCGUAUAAAUGCUUGGAGUGUGGGAGGAGCUUCUCUCGGAAAUAUGACCUCACUAGCCAUCAAAAGAUUCACAUAGGGGAGAAGCCAUAUAAAUGCUUGGAGUGUGGAAAGAGCUUCUUGCAUAGCAGUGCCCUCACUAAGCAUCAUAGGAUUCACACAGGGGAGAAGCCAUAUAAUUGCUUGGAAUGUGGAAAAAGCUUCUCUCGGAAUGAUGUCCUAACUAGCCAUCAAAAAGUUCACACAGGGGAGAAGCCAUAUAAAUGCCUGGAGUGUGGAAAGAGCUUCUCUCGGAAUGGUGUCUUAACUAACCAUCAAAAGAUUCACAAUGGAGAGAAUCCAUAUAAAUGCUUGGAAUGUGGGAAGAGCUUCUCAUGUAGUGGUGAUCUCACUAGCCAUCACAAGAUUCAUACACAGGAGAAGCCAUAUAAAUGUUUGCAAUGCGGGAAGAGCUUCUUUCAUAGUGGUGACCUCACUAAGCAUCACAGAAUUCACACAGGGGAGAAGCCAUAUAAAUGUUUGGAGUGUGGGAAGAGUUUCACUCAGACUAACCACCUAACUAGACAUGAAAAAGUUCACACACGGAGAACCCAUAUUAAUACGUAGAACAUGGGAAGAGUAGCAGCCGUACCUUACAACGCAAUAUGCACGCUGGGGAAUAACCAUCCUAUCUUUUUACUUUGCUGCCUUUGUUCUGUGAAGUGUUUUAUGGUAGCUUACCUUGAUGAAGAUCAUAUGUCUGCCUAAUUCCCUCCUUAUUCUCCAUCUCCAUCCUUUCUAUUAACAUCAAACAAACAUAGACUAUCCCCAGCAAGGAAAAACAUGCAUAUUUUUAUAAUAUAAUAAUAAUUAUAAUAAUGUUUGAUUUAUAUACCGCCCUUUAGGAAGACUUAUCACCCACUCAGAAUGGUUUAUGAAGUAUGUUACUAUUAUCCCACAAGAAGAAACACCCUGUGAGGUAGAUGGGGCUGAGAGGGAUCCUAGAAGCUGUGACUGAACCAAGGUCUCUCAGCUGGCUUCAAGUGGAAGGGUGGGGAAUCAAACCCAGUUCUCCAGGUUAGAGUCCCAUGCUCUUAACCACUACACCAAACUGGCUCUCUCUUCUCUCUUAAAGCUCCUCAUUUUAAUGGAUCAUUUGCCAAGGUAGUAUGAUUGAUUAAUGGUUCAUAUUUCCUCUUCCAAAAUGAUGAAUACUGAAAUUUUCCAGUAGCUAGAAUAUUAUGGCUAUCUACUAAGAAAUCUCAGAUCUUUCAUAUGUGACAACAUCAAAAUAUGAUUGGUCUUGGAUUUAGCUGAUUCUUCAGCUUUUCAAUCAUGUGACUUUCUGCAAAGCUAAGAGUAGUGCUACAUUGCAGGUCCAAGAUAAGCUUCAUAAAUCUGAGAAGAUGUUAAGUGAGCAGUUUUUUAUUAGGCAGUUCUAGCACAUAAAGGAUCAUUUUAUCUACCACUGUCCACUGCUUCCAAUCAGUUGUCAAAAGAUAAAAGGGACAUCUGAGUUGUUACAUAACCUGCUAUCAAACUAUAUUAAAUUCAUACACAGUUCACUAGAAUAUAUAUAGUUAUAGAAUAUAAUUAUCAUUGAGUAUAUUGUUUCUUAGGUUACAUUGCAGGAACACCGAUGCUAACCACUUGUAAACCUUGUGUGGUGUUACGCAAAUAAAGGACUGAUGUUGAACUGUC